AUGUCUUCAAACAACGAGAAUGUCUCAGCAGAUACGCAAGGAACUCCAUUUCGCGAAUUCAUGCCCGAUCUUGGUAUCGAUAGAUUCACGUCUAUGCGCAAGCAAGAUGCCUACGAAUAUGCCGAAGCCUUCAAAAAGAACGGGAACCCCCCUUGGAUUCACGGAUUAUAUCUGCAUUGGAGAGAACUUCUUACCGAGCCGUAUAAGGGCGUAACAAACGAUGGCCACGUCCGGGGAGACCUGUAUAAGCUUGAAGAUGACGGUGUGCCGAUUGAAAAAAUUGUCAAAGCCUCCGACUUGGCCAUCUCUAAGAUGACACAAGAACAAAAGACACAGUGUCACUAUCACAUUGACUCUCCGGAAUGGAGGACUUGGUCAAAUCCAGAGUUUCUGCUGAGCUCGAAGGGCAUUCGUCUCGACGAAAUAAACCAGGACCUCCGUGAAGCAGUCAUGGGACUCUUGGAGACUUCACUAUCCCCCGAAGGUUACGAGAAGGCCGUUGCUGCUAUGCGCAUCAAUGGCUUCCUAGGUGAGAUUAUCCAAGUUCCAUCCAUCAUGAAUGAGUUCUCCUAUAACUUUGUUUUCUUUGGUGAGAUCUCUUUGGAACAUCCUUGGGGGUUCUCAUUCUAUGGUCACCACCUCUGCCUGAACGCCUUCUUCUAUAAACGUCAGAUGGUUCUCUCGCCGUGGUUCACGGGCGCUGAACCAAAUAUUAUUGAUGAGGGCCAGUUCGGCGGCACGCAGAUCAUGAGGCGCGAAGAGAGUUUGGGGCUCCAGCUUAUGCAAAGCCUUCCUGGAGAAGUCCAAUCUCGCGCGCAGAUAUACCGGCUAAUGAAGGACCCAGCUAUGCCCCGAGGCCGCUGGAACCAUGAUGAUCAGCGACACCUCUGCGGAGCAUAUCGCGACAACCGAGUUGUCCCAUACGAGGGUGUGCUUGUGUCUGACCUAUCGGUAGAACAGCAGGAUCUCGUUACUCAAAUUGCUUCGGAAUUCCUGUUGUAUCUCCCCGAGCAGGCACGCAGACGUCGCCUAUCCCAAGUCCGCUCUUGGUAUCAUGAAACGUAUUUUUGCUGGAUCGGCGGGUUCAAUGAUGACGACCCUUUCUACUAUCGUCUUCAGAGCCCUGUAGUCAUUGUCGAGUUCGAUCACCACUCGGGCGUUUUCUUGACCAACAAGGAACCGAAAAGAUUUCAUAUUCACACUCUGUUAAGGAUGCCCAAUGGAGGAGAUUAUGGCAUGGCUCUCAGGACACUCAUCCCGGGCAAAACUCAGAACUUUCAAUGGGAAGGGAAGAGCUAG